GCCGCGUUGUUUAUAUGGCAAAGACGGGCUGCGUUCAUCUUCAGUUCGUCCACAUCGGUCAGCACGAUCGGAAUUUUCAAUUGCAAAAUUUGUCAAAAAAAGAACAACAGCUAAACAAAAAAGUUACUGGCGUUUCUUGUGUCAAUUUUUAAAUUAUUCGUUGCAAAAUGGCGCGUGCAGUUCUAUGCAUGCUCGUCGCUUGCAUUUGGUUGCAAUGCGCAUACUCUGCUAAGUUCGAUGCAGAGAAUCGUCGAUUGAUUGUCGAUAUUAACGAUAAAAAGACAACGAAUCAACAAUACUAUUCCUCAAACUUUGACACAAAUGCCUAUCGAUAUGGCUACGAUGUCGGCAAGACUGGAAACUUCCACCACGAGACGCGUGGCCCCGAUGGCGUCACUUACGGCUGUUACGGCCUCAUCGAUCCCUAUCAUCUGCUCCGAGCCACACACUAUGUGGCCGAUGUGCAUGGCUAUCGGACAGUGGAGCCGGAGAAGCCAGUGGAGACCUUCCCGCCCGGUCUGUACAAUGAGACGAACGGCGGACCCUCAGAACCUGGCAUUCUGCUGCAGUGGCACGAACUCUACUUCCCCAUUGGCUGCGGCAAAUUCGAGGGCGGUGCCGUCCAUGAUAUACCCUACUUUGUAGUGGAUGAAAACAAGAACAAGAACAUUGGAACUUCCGGUUCCACGCACUUCGCCUCAAACAUACCCGUGCUCAAGGGUGAGGGAGUGAAGAGUUUGCCCAUCCAUAAGCCCACCGGACCCAAGGGUCUCUUCGAUGUGGAAGGAGGACACACACAUGCCGGACCUGGUGAUCAGGCGCCAUCAUUCCACUCGGUUGCAGCCCUUAGACCGGGCGACAGUGGUGCAGGCAAUAAUGGACAAUACACGCCCGAUCCGAAUCCCUACAAACAUGUUGUAGGCCCCGAGGGAGGUUUCGGCGGCUUUGGUCCCAACGGUGGACCCGUUGGUCCUAAUGGUGGAUUUGGUCCCAAUGGCGGACCUAAUGGUCCUAGUGGAGGCUUUGGCCCCAAUGGACCUAAUGGAGGCUUCGGACCAAAUGGCGGUUUCGGGCCCAAGGGUCCAUCCGGACCUAAUGGCCCUAAUGGACCACCCGGACCUAAGGGACCUCCCGGACCACCUGGACCUCCCGGACCUGUCGGCGCGGGAGGCGGUGCCUCAGGAAAACCGGUAUAUAGGGAUGGCGAUCGCACUGGCAACGGUGCUGGUGGCAACAAUGGUCGUGGCGAUAAUUACGGUCCCGGUGGCGGUGCCGGCGUUGGUGGCGGAGAUCGCAUUGGCACUGGUUCCGGUGGCGGUGUUGGUGGCGGUGAUCGCUACAACACUGGCACUGGUGCCGGCGUUGGCGGUGGCGAUCGCCUUGGCCCUGGUGCCGGUGGCGGUAUUGGCAGUGGAGAUCGUUACAACACAGGUUCCGGAUCGGGUGUUAGCGGUGGAGAUCGCUACAACACUGGUGCCGGCGCUGGCGUCGGUGGCGGUGAUUAUCACCACACUGCCGCUGGUUCUGGUCCCAGUGGUGUCGGCGCUUACCACCCUGGCAGCGGUUCAGGAGCUGGUGCUGGCGGUAACACUGGCCCCGGUCAAGGCUCUGGCUUUGGCGGCGGUAAUGCCAGCGGUCCUAGCGGUGUGGGCGGUGGCAACGCUUACCGUCCUGGCAGUGGUGGCAACACUGGCAACGGUGGUGCCUACCAAGCAGGUAGUGGUGAUGCUUACCGUCCCGGUAGCGGUGGAAACACUGGUGCCGGUAACGGCGGUCGCCCAGGCAGCGGCUUUGGCGGCGGCUCUGGCGCUUACACUGGCAAUCAGCCCACCAACAAUGGCGCCUACACAGAAACCUAUACACAGACCAAUACCGGUUUUCCUGGGGCUGUGCAGUACACACCAGGAAGCGGUAAAUAUAACGGAAAUAGCGGACGCUAUACCGAUGUUCCUAAUGGCAGAUACUAUCAUGAUGAUUCUGGUAAAUAUGUUCACGUUGAAGGCCCAACCGGUCCUCCAGCUCCCCCAUAUGUGCACGUAGUUGGACCCGAAGGCGGUUAUGGAGGUGAGGGCGGCAAUGGAAACGGCGGCGGUACCGGACCUAACGGCCCUGGAGGCCCCAAUGGACCCGGCGGACCAGGCGGCCCAAAGGGACCCAAAGGACCACCCGGCCCUCCCGGACCACCAGGACCACCCGGACCUCCCGGACCCGAUCGUGGAGGACCUAAAGGACCUAAGGGCCCACCAGGACCUCCCGGACCACCUGGCCCAGACCGUCCAGGACCUAAAGGACCUCCCGGACCACCCGGACCCAAUCGCCCAGGACCCAAGGGUCCUCCUGGCCCACCCGGACCCGAUCGUCCCGGACCACCAGGACACGGUGGACAUGCUGACCUGAGCCCACCUGCACCUGGUCCAUUCAGCCCAAAGGAUCCCAGACAUUCGGACAAGGAAACUCCUGGCUAUUUGCCACCAGAUCAACCGGGUAAAAACGCACAAAAGCCCCCAUCUUCCUCACACGUCAUUCAGCCGAAUUCUACACCAACUUUUAAGCCAAAUUAUGUUCAUAACGAUAAUUCAGUGCAUAAGUUUGAAAAGCCAACCACUAAGUCGCCACUAACCUAUAUUCCUCCUUCUUUCCCAAAUACCGCUCCUCCCCGUCAUGUUCCUGUGUAUCCCCAACCUCAACCAAUACAGCCAAAGGUCCCGGCUAUCACUAUUAAUACGGAACGACCAAGCCGUACAACACCAGUAAUUACGGGUAAUUUUGAUUUCCAUAAGACUGUACCACCACAACCUACAGUUGUAGUACAACCCAGACCACAACCUACACAACCCGAACGUCCUAUUAUUACAUUCAAUACACCCAAACCGACUCCCAGAACACCAUCGACUGCUAUACCAGUCUACAAACCAUCGACUCCACGUCCAUUCCAGACGCCGUCGACAUUCAAACCAAUAUACGUACCCGAAACGAUCACGAACUCCGCACCUCAUUACGUACAGCCAAAACCGCAGGCACAGCCACAACCACGACCACAGCCACAACAAAAACCACAACAACCACAACCACGACCACAGCCACAACAAAAACCACAACAACUACCACAAGCACACCCACAACCUUAUCCUCAACCAAAUGUAACACCACGUCCAUCUCCCCCACUCUCCUCCCGCAGCGAAACCUGCGUUUGUAAAAACGAACAGACGCACUCAUUUACCUCCUCCUCCACCACCUCUAACUAUCCCAACCCGAAUCCGGCCUCGGUCGACUUUAACAAACAAUUCACCGGCUUCAAUGGAAACACGAAUUUCGGCAGCUUAACAAAUGCCAUGUCACUGAACCAAAUCCCCGUCGUGCCACAAGCACCUGGCCUGCCCGCCUUCUAUCCACCCGACAAGCUACCCAAGGGUGCUGUGAUCGCGUUCAUGCCAGUGGUUAUCCUGCCCCAGGAAUACUAUACCAACUGCGAGGAGAAUUCUCUACACAUCACUGAAAACAAAUACCAAACUGUUGAUCCUUUCCCGCUGGGCGUGCAGCCUGCUGCCAUCCCGAAUGCCUUCAGUGUGCACUCAAUCUUCUCGGGCGAAUCACCGAGGGAUCAAUGCAUGUGCCCAUGCUCCUGCACACAGAACCUGAACAAAUCGUACAAGAAACGUGAAACUAAUGCUGAGGAUGCUGCUGAGGUUAAAGCCGCUGUAGAACCUGUAGCUGAGGCUACCACUAUUGAGGAAGUCAAGGUUGAAGCACCUGUAGAAGUUAAGGCUGAGGCUCCCAUCGAGACCAAGAUUGAGUCACCUGUUGCUGAAGCUUCUGCUCCCGUUGAGGUCAAGGUUGAAGCACCUGUCACUGCUGAAGAAACCAAGGUUGAGGCUCCAGUUGCUGAAGCUUCCUCUCCAGUGGAAGUGAAAAUUGAAGCACCCGUUGCUGAAGCCAAGGUUGAAGCUCCAGUUGCGGAAGCUUCUUCCCCUGAGGAAGUCAAGGUUGAGGCACCUGUAGCUGAAGUUAAGGCUGAGGCUCCCGUUGCUGAAGCUUCAUCUCCCGUAGAAGUCAAGGUUGAGGCACCCGUUGCCGAAGCUUCCUCGCCUGUGGAGACCAAGGUUGAAGCACCCGUUGCUGAAGCCUCUUCUCCAGUAGAAGUCAAGGUUGAGGCGCCCGUAGCUGAAGUUAAGGCUGAGGCACCCGUUGCUGAAGCUUCAUCUCCCGUAGAAGUCAAGGUUGAGGCACCCGUUGCCGAAGCUUCCUCGCCUGUGGAGACCAAGGUUGAAGCACCCGUUGCUGAAGCCUCCUCUCCAGUAGAAGUCAAGGUUGAGGCACCCGUCGCUGAAGCCAAGGUUGAGACUCCCGUUGCUGAAGCUUCCUCGCCUGUCGAAGUCAAGGUCGAAGCACCCGUAGCUGAAGCCAACGUUGAGACUCCCGUUGCUGAAGCUUCCACCCCUGUUGAAGUCAAGGUUGAGGCACCCGUUGCUGAAGCCAAGGUAGAGUCUCCCGUUGCUGAAGCUUCAACUCCCGUAGAAGUCAAGGUUGAGGCACCCGCUGAAACUAAGGUAGAGGCACCAGUCGCUGAAGCCUCUUCCCCUGAGGAAGUUAAGGUUGAAGCACCCAUUGCUGAUGCCAAGAUUGAGGCUCCAGUUGCUGAAGCGUCCUCUCCUGUGGAAGUCAAAGUAGAAGCACCCGAAGCUGAAGCCAAGGUUGAGACUCCCGUCGCUGAAGCUUCCUCUCCUGUGGAAGUCAAGGUCGAGGCACCCGUUGCUGAAGCCAAGGUUGAGUCUCCCGUUGCUGAAGCUUCAUCUCCCGUGGAAGUUAAGGUAGAGGCACCAGCUACUCUGACGACCGAGAACGAAAAAAUCACCGAAUCGACCUCGAACUAGACAACAACAAUUAGGAACUUCUACAUGAAUUGGACGUCUGGACGUCACUGAAACUGAAAACUCUGCUCUAAGCCCUAGAGCAUCCCCCGCUUUCAACCCGAAUCCCAGCACUGCAAGCACCGCUAAUUCCCAACAGCACAUAAUCCCAGCCCGAAGCUCCUCAACUAACCCAGCUAACACAGCUUAGUCAUAAGUGUUUUUAGUAACGAGAAUACUCUCUCAACCAGGAAAGGAAAAUCAGAAAAUGGAAAGUAAAAAAAAAAAAACGAAAAAUGUUAGAAAAACAAAAAGAAAA